ACCCUGCUCGAUGUACAAACGUUUUUUGGUGACUCACUGACAAACAGUAUUUCUCCUGUAUGUGAUCUACCUGAUGGUUUAUCAGAGACGUGAGGAGCAGCUAUGAGUCUACCAGCAGCAGCGAGAGGAUUUGUCGUCUUCCUUCUCGUUGUACAAGUGGUUCAGGGUCUGGAUGACUGGGGAGUGACUUACUCUUCUACUGAGAUCUGUGCAGUGAAAGGAUCAACAGUGGAGAUAAGAUGCAGCUACACAUACCCAUCCAGAUGGAAAGGCAGUGUUAACACAGUGGAGAAAACAUUCUGGUUUAAACAGAAAGGUGGUCAACGUUUAGCUCUGACCACAGACUCAGAGUAUGCAGGUCGUGUAGAGAAUCUCUGUGAAAACAACAUCUGCACUCUGAGAAUCAGAAACCUGAGAGAGAGCGACUCAGCUGAGUACAUGUUCAGGUUUGAAACAAACCAAAAAGGUGGAAGAUAUUUUGGUUCACCUGGAGUCACUUUGUCUCUCACAGAUCUCUCGGUGCAGGUGGAAAGCAACGAUUCUAGCAGAGCAAACCUGAAGUGUCAGAGCAGUUGUGAUUUACCUGAUAAUGAUUACGUCUGGUACAAGAACGGUGAAAAGAUUCAAACAGGGACAUCUCCUUCUCUUCAAGUCGACUUGAGUUUUCAAGACAGCUAUUCCUGUGCUGUGAAAGGAUUUGAGAACUCUCCCUCCCCUUCAGUGUUGGUUCAGGGUCAGGGUGGCUGGGGAGUGACUUACACUUCUACUGAGGUAUGUGCAGUGAAAGGAUCAACAGUGGAGAUAAGAUGCAGCUUCACAUACCCAUCUCCAUGGAGAGGCAGAGUUAACACAGUGGAGAAAACAUUCUGGUUCACUAAACAGAAAGAUGGUGAUCCUGUAGAUCUGUUCACAGAAUCAGAGUAUGCAGGUCGUCUAGAGGAUAUCUGUGAAAACAACAUCUGCACUCUGAGAAUCAAAAACCUGAGAGAGAGUGACUCAGCUGACUACAGGUUCUGGAUCGAAACAAACCAACCAGAUGGAAAAUAUUCUGGUUCACCUGCAGUCACUUUGUCUCUCACAGAUCUCUCGGUGCAGGUGGAAAGCAACGAUUCUAGCAGUGCAAACCUGAAGUGUCAGAGCAGUUGUGUUGUACCUGAUAAUGAUUACGUCUGGUACAAGAACGGUGAAAAGAUUCAAACAGGGACAUCUUCGUCUCUUCAAGUCGACUUGAGUUUUCUAGACAGCUAUUCCUGUUCUGUGAAAGGAUAUGAGAACUCUCCCUCCCCUUCAGUGUGUGUCACUGGUCGAGACAGCAACACACUGACUUAUACUGAAGGAAGUAUCGGUGCCCCCAAAGGAUCAUCAGUGGACAUUUCCUGCACGUACAGCAGUAAUGACUGUAUUACAUCAAAGUUCUGGUUCAGUCCUGAGCGUAGUCAUCAGGGACAGAAUCCCUCUCAACCUGAGGACCUUAGUAAAGACUCCCAGUAUGCAGGUCGUGUUCAGAUCCUUGAAACAGAGAGAGGACGCUCCACUCUGAGGAUCUCUGACCUGAGAGACUCAGAUUCAGCUCAGUAUCUCUUCAAAUUCAAAACACCAAGCUUUGAAUGGAGGAGUGAUUUACCUGGAACAACUCUGACUGUCACAGCUCUCCAGGUGCAGGUGAUCAGAGCAAAGGUCUACAACUAUUCUACUGAGGCAGAGCUGAAGUGUCACAGCAGCUGCAGUCCAGCUGGUUCUCUGAACUACGUCUGGUUCAAGAACGGAGAGAAAAUCACAUCGAUGAAUACAUCUUCUUAUGAAGGCUUGUUUCAGCCCAGGGACACUGUCUCUUGUGCUCUGGAAGGACAUCAAGACUUCCCCUCUCCUCCAGUGUAUGCUCCAAGGAUUCCUUCUUUGUCAAGACCCUCUGGUGAGAUAAAUGAGGGUAGUUCAGUGACUCUGACCUGUAGCAGUGAUGCUAACCCAGCAGCUAACUACACCUGGUACAAGAGGAAUAGCAAUGCAGACCUUCCUCCUCUCAGUGAAGAAGCACAGCUUGUCUUCAGAUCCAUCCAGUCCUCUGACUCUGGACAGUAUUUCUGUACAGCUGAGAACGAGCUGGGAAGGAAGCCAUCUAAAGACAUCUCUAUUGAUGUGAAAUAUGCUCCGAGGAUUCCUUCUUUGUCAAAACCCUCUGGUGAGAUAAAGGAGGGCCGUUCAGUGACUCUGACCUGUAGCAGUGAUGCUAACCCAGCAGCUAACUACACCUGGUACAAGAGGAAUAACAAUUCAGGCCUUCCUCCUCUCAGUGAAGAACCACAGCUUGUAUUUAGAUCCAUCCAGCCCUCUGACUCUGUACAGUAUAACUGUACAGCUGAGAACAAGCUGGGAAGGAAGACAUCUAAAGACAUCUCUAUUGAUGUGAAAUAUGCUCCAAAGACUUCCUCUGUGUCAGCGAGUCCCUCCGCUGAGAUAGAGAUUGGCAAAUCAUUGCAGCUGACCUGUAAAAGUGGCGCUAAUCCAGCAGCUAACUACACCUGGUACAAGGACAACCAAACACUGCCUGGGGGGUCAAAAGACAUUUAUCAACUUGCCUCUAUCACCUUAGAGGACAAAGGGAACUACCACUGUGAGUCUAAGAAUGAGUACGGCCAGAUCAACUCUACAUCAGUACGCAUAGAUGUCCAAUAUGCUCCAAAGCCUCCCUCUGUGUCAGUGAGUCCCUCUGCUGAGAUAGAGGAGGGCAGUUCAGUGACUCUGACCUGUAGCAGUGAUGCUAACCCAGCAGCUAACUACACCUGGUACAAGGAGGAUGAAGACUCUCCAACAGCUUCAGGACAGAUCUUCAACAUCACUGACUUCAGAGCUGAACACAGUGGGAGUUAUUACUGUGAAGCCCAGAACAAGUUAGGACGUCUUAACUCCACCUUACAUCUGAGUGUUGUGGCAGAUACAUCCCCAAUGAUCGUGAACAUCACCAGGUUCUCUGUGGUGGUUCUGGGGCUGAUUCCUCUGCUCCUCUGGAUGAGGAAGAAGAAGACUGUGAGCUCCACCUCUGAAGCGAAUGAACCCAUAGAGACUGUGGAGUUGGAGUCUGAUCCUGUGUAUGAGAACGUCUCAGACCUAAACAUGGUCUCUGCAGAACAGACAGAAGAACCAGAGGAGCAGGAGGACCUGGUCUGAAGAGGGAGACUGACCUGGAUGGAAACAGAAGGAAGUGAAACAUUGAAGAGGAAACAUUUACCUGUUUUUUGGAGCCAAGGCAGAACGUAUGAAAGUUAGCGCUGAGCUUCAGUCUGCAAUGUUCAAAACAACAGAUAAAGCCAGA